CACACUCUUUCCUUUUUUUACGCUUCGACUGACAUGGCACCUGCAAGACAACAAGUUGAUAAAGCCACUCUUGAUGAAUACUUGAAAGAAAGAAGACCUGAAGGAGGAACCUAUAAUAUCUGGCAUAAUCGAUGGAAGGGCCUGGAGAGAGAUUGGAGUAAAAAAGGUGUACGUGCGAAGUUUAAGUGCGAUGUUGCUCGUGACUCAGGUGACACUGUUGGUACAAACAAUCGCAACGCGUACUUUUGCCUUUUUUUCGCCAAAGGCAUGUGUGCUCAAGGUGCUCAGUGUUCCAUGUUGCAUCGAAUCCCAAAUGAAAGUGACGAGGUUGAGACGACAAUUGACUGUUUUGGACGCGAUAAAUUUAUGGAAUUUCGACAAGAUAUGGGUGGUGUUGGCUCGUUUAAUACACAAAACAAGACACUUUAUGUCGGCCGGAUUGCGUCGACCGGGAACAUGCGUGAUGUUGUAAUAAAACAUUUUGCCCCGUUUGGUGAAUUGGAGAGAGUUAAGCUGUUACGGCACAGAGGUGUAGCUUUCGUCGCGUAUAAAUCCAGAAACAAUGCAGAAUUCGCAAGAGAGGCAAUGAUGAACCAAGGGUUAGAUAAUAACGAAAUUAUCAAUGUGCGAUGGGCAACUGCAGAGCAAUCUACGAUGAAGGGAGAUGAAGAGAGAGGUGCAGCCGGAAAAGACCAACAAGGAUUUGAUCCUAGACAAUUCUACGAGCGACAAAACGCAGAAUCAGAAUUGCCUGCUGAAUACACCCAAAUCAAACGAGAGGUUGACGAAGACGGUUUUAGAGAAAUGGAAUUGAAGGCCAAGCGUCAAAGAAUCGAGCAACAAACCCAUGAUUAUUAUGCCGAUGCAUCGUCAGCACAGGCGAUAUAUGGUUACACACAGCAGACACAGCAACCACCGCAGCAGUCUAACCCCAAGUCUGCUGGCAUCAUUCCCCAGAACGUAUUAAGCUCACUCAAAACGUUAAAAAGCCCAAAAUCCGAUGCUGCUGCACCGUCAGCAUCACCGUCAUCCGCAGCACAACAGUCAUCGUCAAGUCAGCAACAAGCAGUCAACCCGGGAGGUCUGGGCAAUCUUGCAUCCUAUGGAAGUGAUAGCGAAGACGAAGACUACUAGAUAAAUAAACUCUUUAUGCCGAUGUUUGCAAAAGUGCACGACUAAUAAGAUUAAUUGGGGAUGGACCUCAUGAUGUAACACGCUGGAACAUGUGGUCCAUACAUAAUAAACGAUAUGACACGGAUGUUCAGUGAAGCAGAUGCAUAUGUAUCAUCGUUGUUCUUUCGUAUGAAUCUUGAUUGAG